ACACACAAGACCCAAACGUCGAGGAGCCAGCUGGGCGUAAGGAGCGCAAAUCCCGAGGAAACGAACGGCUCUGCGAAAAAAUGAUACUUUCGCGCGGAAAAACCGACUCGGCGAGCUCGAUGAACGCCAGCGGAGGUGCUGGCAGUGGACUCGGCGUCGGCAGGCAGGCGAGGAAGAACCCGGCACCGGCCUCCCUAGAGGAUUUCAUCAUCAGACGGGACUACACGGGAGCCCGGGCUUUUCUGGAGUUCGCCAACGACGACGAGGACGAGGAGGAUGGUGCCCAUGGAUCCAAGCAGAGUCAGGUGGAUCAGUGGAUUGCCUUUUGCAAUUUCCAUUUGGGUGACUACCAACAGGCUCUAACCCAGUACAAGGCCAUACGGCAGAGUUCUUCAACUCCUGAUGGGAAAUUGGAUCUCAACCUGGCCGUGUGCAUGUUCUACUUGGGCUUGUACGAGGAGGCCCAGCAACUGAUGGCCAAUGCGGCUGACAAUCCGCUGAAGCAGCGACUCCUCUUCCAUUUGGCCCACAAGCUGGGCAACGAGGAGGAGUGGAGCCAGCUGCAGGAGGAGAUGCAGGAUUCUUCGAGCUUGGAGCAGCAACUCAGCCUGGCUUCGAUGCACUACAUGCGUGCCCAUUACCAGGAGGCCAUCGAUGUGUACAAACGCGUGCUGGUGGACAACAAGGAAUACCAGGCCAUCAAUGUCUACUUGGCCUUGUGUUUCUACAAGCUCGACUAUUACGACAUGUCCCAGGAGGUCCUGGAUGUGUAUCUCAGUCAACAUGGCGAUAGUACCAUAGCUAUUAACCUAAAGGCUUGCAAUCGAUUUCGUUUGUUCAACGGUCGUGUGGCCGAGCAGGAAAUCAAGAAUAUAGCCGAUAAUGGCACCUUCGGAGCGGAUCUUCUGCGUCACAACUUGGUCGUUUUCCGGAACGGUGAAGGAGCAUUAAGAGUCCUGCCAGGACUACUGAAUAUCAUUCCUGAGGCUCGCUUGAAUCUGGCCAUAUACUAUCUCAAGCAGGGCGAUGUCCAGGAAGCUCAUGCUCUGAUGAAGGAACUACAGCCGACUUCGCCGCAUGAGUUCAUACUCAAAGGAGUGGUCCAUGCUGCUCUGGGCCAGCAAUUGGGAUCGAAAGAGCACAUCAAGACGGCCCAGCAAAACCUGCACUUGGUGGGCAGUUCGGCAACAGAAUGUGACACUAUACCUGGUCGUCAGAGUAUGGCCUCCGCCUUCUUCCUCUACGAACAAUUCGAGGAGGUGCUGGUCUACAUGAACUCCAUUCGCAGUUACUUCGUGAACGACGAUGUGUUCAACUAUAACUUUGCUCAGGCCAAAUGCGCCACAGGAUACUACAAGGAGGCGGAGGAGUUGCUGAUGCAGAUCUCCGACAUGGAUAUCAAGAACCAGCAUACCUACUGCAUGAUCCUGGCCAAGUGUCACAUACACUGCGGUCAUCCCGAGUUGGCUUGGAAUGUAUUCAUCACCAGGGAUACGAAUGCAGAGGCAUUUAUCCUGUUGCAACUGAUUGCGAAUGAGUGCUACAAGUGUGCCGAAUUCUGGGUGGCAGCCAAGGCAUUUGAUAUGCUGGAAAAACUAGAUCCCAGUCCGGAGAACUGGGAGGGCAAACGGGGCGCCUGCGCCGGAGUUUUGUUCGCCUUGUGCACCAAGGCACAAAGAGGUCGUCCUGGCGGAGGAAUCUCAGAGGUCAUCGGCAUCCUACGCGACUCGUCGAACUCGCAGGCGGAGGCCAUGAUCAAAACCAUUCGAAAGAACAUGAGUCAUUUUAAAUAAAUAAUAUAUUAAUGGCAGUAUCUUAAGCAAAAUUAGAUUUUGUUUAUGAUAAGCCAAUUUCACGCAUAUUAAUACAAUAAAAAGUUACUUUUGAAAUCAAA